AUGCCACGCAAAUUACCUCCCCCUUCAGCUGUAGCACCGAUAGAAACCCUUCUUCCUCCUUUACCGCCUUCGCCCAUCAUCCAGACUCUCCGGAAAGAUUGGAGAUGGGCAGCUAUAUCUCAGUUCAUAUGGACUUUCUCAGAUGCCUUUGGUUUGGUGGACUGGGAUAUCGAGGCCUUGGAAGCGGAUUUCGACGGUGACGAGAAGACACUCAUACCGACGUUGAUAGCGAAGCUGUUAUUCGCUUUGACAUAUAACAGGCAGAUCAACCGGGACAACGCAUUCGAAAGUCUACGGAAGACAUACGCAAAGCGUAAACCUGAUUACAAAUAUCUUUUAGGGACCGAGGAGGCUCCGGUAGAAUGGGAAACUCUGGGACUAAGUCAAAAGGUACAAAUAUUACAUGAGUUGUGUGAAUGGCAGCUGGAGGAUCCCGCUAGAUUCAGAGGAUUGUUGAAAUCAGAGGAAGAAGCAGUCUCAUGGAGAGUGGAGCCUGUAGGAUGGGAUAAAGAUGGUAAUACAUUUUGGCUGUUUGACGACAAUCGAUUAUGGAUCCAACGUCUUCCUCCACCACCACCUCGUCCGCUCAAGAAGAGUUCUCAGAAAGCCAAGAAAGCUGCUAAGAAAUCACGACCUUCCGUUACCACUUCUACCUUCGCACCUAAAAAAUCGCACAAGAAGCGAGAAUUCACACCUGAACCUUCCCUUACGCCUCCGCCUAAGGAAGAAGAAAUAUUGAGUGGAUCUGGUCGACGGAGGAAGUCUGUGAAUUUCUAUGGUAAUCCCACACCUACCGCUCAAGCAUUGAAGCGCGGUGCGGCUUCGGCUGCUGGUCCUAUCACCCCAUCUAACGUUGGUGGAAGUGCGUCGAGGUCGACUCGAUCAACAAGGAAUAAUCACAUAGAAGAGGUUAUAGAAAGUCCUUCAAAGGCUAAGAAUACACCUUUACCACUUGGAACAAGAGUAUCGAGGAGGUUGAGAAAUGUGGAUGAUGAAUGGCAACAAGUCCCAGAUGAAUGGUUAUCCACUCCUGCUAAGGCGACGACGAAGAAGGGAAAGGGAAAAGGAAAAGGGAAGAAGACAGAUGGAGAUGAGAGUGAACUGAGUGAAUUGACGGAUGAAGAGGAACAUGAAAGGUUAGUCUUGGCCAGCAGAGCUAGGAAAGGGAAAGGAAAAUCACCUACACCUAAAGAGAAUCCAGCUGAACGGACGGAUCAGCAAGAGAAAAUGGAUGUGGAUGAGAAGGAGGAAGAUAAUGCGGAGGAGAUGGCAGUUGAUCAGACAGAGGCAGAGAAGGUGGAUAGGGAGCAAGAUACCAAUGGAGAUGCAAUUGAAGAUGGGAAGAUGAAUGGCGAAAAUCAUAGCACGGUUCCCCCUGCCGACUUCACGAAUGAUCAUGACGAGGUUGUCGGAUCAGUAGCCGAUAUUUCGCAGAUUCAGGAUACGGACCUAGAUGCGAAGGUACAAGAGGACGGACAGCAGCCACAGCUGCUCUCGAGUGCGGGAGAUGAAAUCAAGGAGGAAGAGAGCAAGGAAGAAACUCUCCAUGUAAACGGUGCAGCCUCCGGCAGCAACGACGAAGCGGCAAAUGGCGGUGUGGCCGAUGUAGUCGAGAAACGGUCUGCACCAGAAAUGGGCGGUGUGAAUGGUCAGACAGCUUUUGAGAAGAACGAUGCCAAUGGUGCUGCUUCAUCUCCUGGAGAGGCUGUUCAGGUCCCACAGGAAGAAGAGGAAGUCAAAGUCGAGGAGGUGAUCGAGAAGAAGAGCGAUCUGUUGUUAUCAUGGGAAGAAGGUCGAUCGCACAUCCCAUCGGAUUUUGUAGAGUGGGAAGCUGUGUGUGUGACACUAUACGAAUGGCGUACAUUCCCUGAACAAUUCGCCAAAUCAAAAGAUCCAGAUGAAAGAGCUUUGUAUGCUCUAUUGACCGAAGAAGUUGGUCCUACCAUCAUUGGAUUCUUAGUGGCAAAAGAGCAAGAGCGUCUAAAACAAGAAGCGGUCAACAAUCGAAAACGAUCAUCUAGAAUCGCGACUCGAGAACUAGAGAGAGAGGAGAUACUAAAAAGAGAAGCUGCAGAAAGGGAGAUGGAAGAAAGGAUGGAGAGGAUACGAACUGAAGAACAGAGGAAACAGAGAGAAGAAGAAGAAGCUUUGGCCAUUCAGCGAGCGAGGGAAGAUAGGUUGAAAGAAAGAGAAGAGCGAGCUCUAGCUAGAGAGGAAGCCUUGUUGAGAAAAGCGGAAGAAGAAGCUAAAGAGAGGGAAAAGAGGGAAAGAAGAAGGGAGAAAAGAAAGCGAAGGAGGGAAGGUGAAGUGGUAUCGGAUGAUUCAGAUGAUGAGGACAUGAAUGUCAAUACGCCAAGAGAUAAUACGGGCACGGCAACGCCCAGUGAAAGAUGGGAAUUGAAUUGUGAGGUUUGUAAGAAGGUUGGAUGGAAUAUUGACGAAGACCUGGAUCUAGUCUGUUGUGAUGAAUGCGGAAGAUGGCAGCAUACAGAAUGCCAUGAUCGGUUGGAUAGAAGGGAAGGUAGACCAAAGCGGAAUUGGGAUCAGGUGGACUUCAAGUGCAAAGAUUGUCAACAUCGAGCAGCACGUAAGAAACAGCGAGUGGAACAUUCCAUUCAUCCUCCUCCUGCGCAACACGCUUUCCAAGCCAAUGGUGAUCCUCAUCCAUUGAGCCAAUCGCAUUCGCCUUAUCCUGUUUUACCUGGCUCAACACCUGGACCACACGCUCGUCCUCCUAUCGAUCCCUCCAGGCCACCCCCGCCCCCUUUAGGUCCAGGUGAAUUCUACCUACCCUACCCCCAUCCUCCGGCUAGAGAAGAUAGACCAGCUGGGUAUGCGGUGUUUUAUCCUCCUGGACAAACAUCGCCUUCUCGACCUGAACCUGGACCUGGGCAUCAAGCUAGUCUAUCUGAUCAAGAGCGAUACCACCAAGCUCCUCCAGCUCAGCGUUAUCCUAUAACACCUCAAUCUGUUCCUCCACAUCAACAGCAACAGCAGCAUCCACACGCUCAACAAUAUUCUUCUUCGCCUUCGAACUUUGGUCAUCAGAUUUCACCGCAUCACCAGCCAGUGCCGCAUGACCAAACCCAGAGAAGCCAGGGACAGCAUAUCUCACCAUCUCAUGCAAGACUCCCUCAACAACAAGUUCAAAACAGACCGGUAUCCUCACCUUCUCGGGUAGCUUAUCCACAGGUACAACCUUCACACUCAUCCCUUGGUCAUGCGAAUGCGGCUCAUGGUAUCACGCCUCCGUCAGCCAGUCGACAACAAGCUUCGCAGAUUUCUGAUGGUCCACCAGUGACUGUGGGUACUGGUCAUGUUCUACCGACACCUGAACCUUCCUUGGCCAGUCAACGACCUGCAGGCCCUCAAGUCUGA